GGAGGAAGAGGAGCGGGAGGAAGAGGAGCGGGAGGAAGAGGAGCGGGGCUGCGGGAGGGCUGCGGCGGCUCCGGCACGGGCAGCGAUGCAACGACAGAGCUCGGCGCUUCUCCGCUCUGGCACACGGCAGGACCGAGGCAAGGGGGAGUUUAUCAGCACUGGAAUGUCGGGGAGGAGGCAGAGCAGCCGCCACAAGCACCAUGUCUCUGUUAUAACUGAGUAGCCCUUAUGACCAACAUGAGCUGGAGCUUCCUAACCCGCCUGCUAGAAGAGAUUCACAACCACUCCACCUUCGUGGGGAAGGUCUGGCUCACCGUGCUCAUCGUGUUCCGCAUCGUGCUGACGGCGGUGGGGGGCGAGUCCAUCUACUCGGACGAGCAGAGCAAGUUCAUCUGUAACACCAAGCAGCCCGGCUGCGACAACGUCUGCUACGAUGCCUUCGCGCCGCUGUCGCACGUCAGGUUCUGGGUCUUCCAGAUCAUCAUGAUCUCCACCCCUUCCGUCAUGUACCUGGGCUAUGCCAUCCACAGGAUCGCCCGGUCGGCGGAGGAGGAGAAGUUCAAGGGCUUCAGGAAGAAGAAGAAGCAGUUUGCCCUGAACUGGCAGGCGGUGCACAGCGUGGAGGACGCGAUGGAGGCGGACGAAGAGGAGCCCGCCAUCUCCGACGACGCGGCGGAACGCGAGCAAGCCAAAGCCAAGCCCAAGAGCAAAGAGCAGCAGAAGCACGACGGGAGGAGGCGCAUCCAGCAGGAAGGGCUGAUGAAAAUCUACGUCUUCCAGCUCCUUACCAGAGCUUCCUUUGAGGUUUGCUUUCUGAUAGGGCAGUACCUGCUCUACGGGUUUGAGGUAGAAGCCUAUUAUGUCUGCAACCGAGUCCCCUGCCCGCACACCGUGGACUGCUUUGUGUCCCGGCCAACAGAGAAAACCAUCUUCCUCCUGGUGAUGUACGUGGUGAGCUGCCUGUGCUUACUGCUCAACAUGUGCGAGAUGUUCCACCUGGGCUUCGGGACCAUCCGAGAUGCCAUCCGCAACCGGAAGAUCAACAGCUUUAGGCAGCCUCCCUACAACUAUGCCUACCCAAAAAACAUCUCCUGCCCUCCUGAGUACAACCUGGUAGUGAAAUCGGAGAAGUCCACCAAGAUCCCCAACAGCCUGAUGGCUCACGAGCAGAACUUGGCCAACGUCGCUCAGGAGCAGCAGUGCACCAGCCCGGAUGAGAACCUCCCGGCAGACUUGUCCACCCUUCACAAACACUUGCGAGUGGCCCAGGAGCAGUUAGACAUAGCGUUUCAGAGCUACAGCAGCACCCAGGCCAACACACAACCCUCUCGUACCAGCAGCCCCGCCUCGGGUGGCACGGUGGUAGAGCAGAACAGGGCCAACACCGCUCAGGAGAAACAAGGUGCUAAACCCAAGGGCUGCUUGGAGAAAGGGAGCUCAAGCAGCAAAGAUGGCAAGACGUCUGUGUGGAUAUAGCUUUGUGUGCAAGGAGAGAGGGCAGCGUGAGCGGGGAUUCGGCUUCGGUCUGUUUCUGGUUUUCGGUGUUGUCUCGCGUUCGUCUCACAGGGCACAGGCGCAGUUUCCAUACGGAAGUCGGGAGAGAAAAGGAGUCUCAGACCAACGUCGUGCAGCCUUCCAGUGCGUUAACAAAGGACAUUUCUUUCCUGUUCCCAACACUUUCUUUGGUUGGGAACCUACAGCAAAGCCCCUGCACCCCCCAGCCCUUCGGUAAGCAGCGGAGGAGCCCCCAACAGAGGCUGCACAAGAGGAGCUGCUGAGACUUCUCCAGAGAGAAGUCAGGCCGACGGCGAGCAGCUCCCCUCCUGCACGGCAAGGCCAGAGUGCUGUAGGCCAGGCAGCAUUUAAUUACUAAAUAUCCUUAAUCAAAAUUAAUCUCAGAUCCCUUGAUAAGAGAAGAAAGCAACUGACAUCGGGCACGAACCUUCCCUCACGGCUGGUGUCCUGCCUCAACUGUUAGAGGCUGGAGACAAAGGCAUCGCUGUGUGCUGCGAGCUGGCACCCACAUCGGCUCGUGGGGCAGAAACACAGCCACUGUCUUACCCAGGGAGACCUGAAAGUCUGAAGGCUUUGGGGUUUUAUUGCUCUGUGUUGAAGCAAAGAGCAAACAGGCUCCAGCCCAGCGCAGCAGUGUCACUGCGUCGUCCCGGUGCCUGCGUAGCACUCGCUACGCGUCUGAUGGGAACCGCUGCAGUCUUUGGCUGCUGCAUCACAUCAUCAGAAAGUGCCUUUAUGCAACCAGGAAAACAAAACUGUAAAGGGUCUCGACUCCUUUAUUUGGUGAGAGCUAGUAGAGACUGAGAGAUCGGUGCUGGCAGAUGUGUUUUGCUGUUGAACCAGACCCUUACACACAGCGGCAGAGCGACGCGUGGCGUGGGCGUGGGGGGCUGUGCAUGAACAUAUAGAUACAGACACAGAUGAGUGUGUGUGUGUGAAUAUAGGCACAGGGAGAGAGACAUAUAUAAAUGUAAUAUCAACCCCUCUGGGAAUUUCACAGCCUUCCACCUCCCCUGGGAAAACCCGGCUGGUCCAAGACGAUGGCUGAUGUCAUUCUGGAGCAGUCCUUGGGCUUCCAGCCUCCAGCCUCACCCGGGGAACUGGCAGGUUUCACUCCUUUGUGUGAGGGGCUUAGCAGAAGGUCUGGCUUCAGUGGGGACAGGACAGGGACAGUGGCAGAAAGUUUUCCCCUAGUUUAUGGGGAGCAUUUCGGGCUUGGCUUGUUUUUAGGAUGGUUUUCAUGCAGCUUCAGGAACUGAGGGGCAUGUUAAAACCCAGCUGCUGAACUCCAAGGCGAGUGCUGAGGAUGUGCUUUGCCAGAGUGGUUUCACCCUGUGCAUUUCUUGUGUGGCUGCAGGUUUGUACCCUUCCAGUAACACAACAGUGAAAGCAAACCUCCUCACUAGGAGCCCAGGCAGCGUUUCCUGCUGCAUGGGAGAGGCUGAGACCAGUCACUGCCUCACUCUGCUGUUUCUCAGAGUGGAUCUUGUCCCUGAGAUAUUCCCAAGAUGCCUGUGGUUUGGUGGGUGCUCUCACAAGCUCACAAGAGUCCAAUGGUUGUUUUGCUACCAUGGAGGACCCAAAUGGGCAGAGCUUUCAAGACCAAACCUAACAUGAAGGAAGUAAAUCUUCAGCGAAUGCAGCACCAUCCCUGUGCCAGGCUGUAACCUCAGGGCCAAGUCAGCCACCCAAAGCUGCAUGCAGGUCCCUGUGCCAGUGUUUCUUAUCCAUUGGAUCUAUGUGACUUCUUCCUGGACAUCUUUGUCACAUCCUUGUGAUGAGUCCCUGAAAGCCUUGAGGAUGCCUAUUCCUCAGGUGGCCAAGCUUAGAGCCUUAGUGCUGGGCACCUCACUCACUACCACAGGGACAUUGAGGGGCUGCAGCGUGGCCAGAGCUGGGCACAGAGCUGGGGAAGGGGCUGGAGCACAAGGGUGCUGGGGAGGGGCUGAGGGAAUGGGGGUGUUGAGCCUGGAGAAGAGGAGCCUGAGGGGAGACAGCAGCACUCUCUGACACUCCCUGACAGGAGGAUGUGAGCUGGGGGAUCAGUCUCUGCUCCCAAGUGAGAGGACAUGAGGAAACAGCCUCAAGUUGCCCCAGGGGAGGUUGAGAUUGGAGCUGAGGCAGAACUGUUUCCCUGAGAGGGGUGUCAGCCCCUGUGCCAGACUGCCCAGGGAGCUGGGGGAGUGCCCAGCCCUGGAGGGAUCCCAAACCCGUGGAGCUGAGGUGCUGAGGCUGUGGGGUAGUGCUGGGCUGGGCAGGGUGAGGGGAGGGCUUGGACUUGAUAAGCUUAAAGGGCUUUCCCAGCCAAAAUGAUUCUGUGGUUCUAUGAAGCAUCCUCCAAUGUAUCCAGCUGUGAGUAGCCACUAUGGCUUUGUGUAAUGGCCUGGGGAACACUUUCAAGCUCGUUCUUGCUCCUGCUGAAGGCAUCAGUACAAUGCCAGCAGUGCUGCCCCCUCUCAGUGCUAGAGAGCUUCCCCUCAGCAGUGGUCAGGAGUAUCACACAUCUGUCACGUGGCAGGAUGGCCCCUCUAACGUGAAGCAGGGGAGACAAACACAUCCAACUGCACUGCCAGUCCUCGUCCCACCUGCAGGAAUGUGUUCUGCUCCUGGGCUGGUUGCUGAUGGUGCUGCUACCAGGAAGAGAAACACAUGCAGAUCCAAAGCCCAGGGCUGCCGAGGAGGAGAGUAGAGAUGCUGCUGUGUGGAAACGUGGUCCCUUGUAAUUACAGCUGUCCAGGGCACCGGCUUGUCCUCCACACUGCAGUGACUUCUCCUUUACUGCCAGCCCUGUGUCCCAUGGGAAACAGUGUGUCUGUUACUUAAACAGCUGCAUGUAAAGUCAUGGUCCCAGGAGAAGGAUUGAAACUCGGGGGAGUGAUGGCUGGAUGAUGCCUGGAUUUUUCUGCUUCCUUUGGGAUAAGCAGCAACAUCCCAGCCCCAGAUAAACUCGGCCUUCCCACACAAUGCCAGGAGGCACUGUGCUGUGCAGAAGCCCACAGUUUGGAUUUGUCCUGUCCGUGCCAGCAACACCUCCCUCAGCUCCAGAUGCAGCAUCUCCCAGUGACUCAGAGCAGCCCCUCAGCUCCUGCUGACCUGCAGAUUCACCAGAGAGUCACCAAACACAGGGGUGGGCAUGUGCCUCCCUUGCUCUUGCUUCAGGAAACCAUCCUGACCUCUCCAUGGGGAAGGGCAGGAGGGAGAUUUUAAGCAGGAAACUCUGGAACCUGAUCACAGGGACCUGACUGAAUCCUUAAACCCAUUUUAUACAGCAGGGCUACACCCCCUUCUCCGACAAUAUGGCUCAUCAGUGCCCAAUGGGAGAAGAUCCCUGGGCUCCAUGGCUGAAGGCUCAGAGACACUUGGAGCAACAGGGCUGGGAAGGACCAUGGAUCCUCUCCCCGUCUUGCCACCAUCAAAUGCUUCCUUAAUGGCCAACACAAACCCCCUCUCUGGCAUCUCGUGUCCUGAGUAGCCAUGGAGAACUUCUCAUGCCUUUAAUGGCUGCAAAAGCUUUUGGGUGUUUGAAGAUUGAAACAACUCCAAUCUCAUCAACCUUUCUCCAAGGGCUGCUUUUUCAGCAUGGUUUUCCUUGAUGUCUUUGAACCACCAUCAGCCAGUCCACAUCUUCCCAGUGGUGUGGCAGUGCUGGGCCUCAGGCCACCUUCUCCCUCUGCUCCUCUUCACGUGCUCAUCUGCCACCCAGGUCUUCCCUAAAACCCCAUCUUCUGCAGGCAUGAGGAUUGCUCCCCUCUUCAGAUGUGUUCUUGUAGGGUUGGGAUCUUCCUGCCCUUCUUCAAACUGCCUUUUCAUUUUCUCACUGUGGCCCUGGUGCACCCAAGGGGGCUUUGAAUGAUCUGUCAGUCCUGCAGCACAUUUACAGCCUCCUCCCAGCCGGUGUCACCAUCACAUUUCAUACACACAGUUUUCCACAGUGAGAACCAAUAAUUGCAAUAUUGACAAGUCCUAGGGGCAGGGCAGACUCUUGGGCAAUCAAUACAACCUCCUCAUCAGGCAGGGAGACAGGGUAACCCCUUCCCAGCCAUCCUUCCAGCCAGCCCAGCUCGCCUGUCAGGCUUCCAACACUUCCUGGCAGAAAAUGCUUUGUGGAUGGGGGCUGACCUGGCUUUCCAGGUCACUUUGACAGAGACAGAAGCACGAGGGUGCAUUCCCAGCGGGACUGCUCUGGUGUUGUGGGCUGCCUGGGAGAGUGCAAAGCUGCCUGCAAAGUCCCAGCCAGUCUGGAGGCCACUGCUGACUGCUGUGACCUCAGUUCUCCCAGAUCCCAUCUGAGCUGCACGCAGGAGCCAGCAUGAGUCAGACAGCCCUAGAAAUAUAAAGGAUUAUUAUUCAUAUGUAUGCAAGUUGCUCAUUUCCCCCCUUCCUCCUCCACUCCUUGGCCCCUAAAGCCUUUAGAUACAGUGUCUUUCCACUGAAUCAUUGCCACAAAGGCAACCAACAUGCAUUAAUGUCUCUGGAGCAACUGCUUUCAAGGCAGGAGCAAAAAUCUCCUCUUUAUCGUGUCAGUUUGGGAAGGAAAAGGACAGAGAGGCAAAAUAAGCACAAGCAAAAAGCCCAUCACAACCACUGCAAACCAAACCAACAUCUGGAGGAGUUUCAAUCAGACCACAGGCAGUGUCAGGCACAGAAGAAACGCCAACAGUGUAAUUACUGCUUUGCUUUAGCGUUGGUUACAGGUUAGUUGUGUUCACACACGAGGCAGGUUUAGCUUUGCAGCUGAGCUCAUCAGAAACAUCGACUCUCUUUGCUAAAGUUGGUCAGAUAAAGUGCCCACACUUACAUUUCUAUCCUUCCCAUCCAGGGCCAGGAACGUCCCACGUAAAAGCCAGAUUACCUUGUUGCUCGCAUUGCAUUCCACUGGGAAAUACUUGAACUUAACUCAAGGCCAUAACCAGUCUGUGCUGUUAGGAAGUUUCUGGGAUUGUUAUGUGGUGGGUUUUUUUUCUGGUGGUGUUCAUGAUUCUGUUUGUUAAUGUACUAACUGUAUUUGUACUAGGAAUCUUUCCAGUAUGAGGUUGAAUCUGUAUUUUUUCAGUGUAAAUGUCACAUCUGGGCUGUAGUUAGGAUAUUAAACACUGGUCAGAGGAGAAAGAUGCAUCAGUCCAACUCAUCAAAACUGGUUAUUCCACAUCCAUUACUAAUGAAAUGGAAUAAACCUUACAUUUUGUUACA